AUGUGUAGGAACCCCAGAGGUUCAGGAAAAAAGCCACUGGAAUUCAACCCAAAUUCACAUUUGUGGUUGACUCAUUUGAGAAAAGGAGUGCAACUUCUUUUCAAAGGGCACCUAUGUUACCUCAUGGUGGAGUUCCUGAUUCCGAUUCUAAUUCCGACAACAAACAACUCUAGCUUUAUAUGCUCGGAGCGCAUUUUGGUCACUGAAAGGCAUUAUAUGGCUUCAAGCAGUUGUUCGUGGUCAAAUAGUCAGGUUUUCCGGAAAUUUCCCUCAAAUGCUUCAAAAAAACCUCUGCAAGAACAUUCGAUUAGGGGGGCACUUGUAAUCGAACUGAUGAUUGCUGCUGGAAAGGUUGUUCCUAUUUUACAGCUGGAACAUGGAGUAGCUGUUGUUACAGUGCAUGCAGGGUCAUUCAUGACUUCUCUUGAUAUAGGAGGGUUUUCAAUUAUCUACAAUUAAGGCAGAUCAAGCAAUUCUGCAAUGCCUGGAUGUUGCAGCUAAGGCUCCGCAUUAGCCUAUUGGUGUUGAUGGUUGGUAAUUCCACCUGGCCUCGUUAAGCAUUAUCAACAAGAUGUAGUAAAGACUUGGAGUUGAAUUUGGCUAAGUCAUUAUUGAGUGAGAUGGGCCAAUGUACAACUGCUUAUCCAUAUAAUCAGUUGUUUGGAGCAUUAGUCUUAAAGAAUUAUGAAAGGCAAGAUGCAACUUUAGUUAGUUGGAAUUUGAUGUACAUAGUAGAUUAGAUGCAAAUUUAUAUAUUGUAAGAAAUAGAAUUGUAUGACAUUAAAUUUAUGCAAUGGAU